AUGUAUAGGAUCUUCCCCGAUUCCCCUAUCUCCCUGUCUCCACCUCCAAACCCCGAGGUUCGGGACUUCGAAGGAGAAAGAUUUCUGCGGAGAUCUCCGAACCUCGAGUUCCUCGAUUUCGAGGAGGAGAAAGAAGUUCCCUUAGAGCCUCCGAUCCUCGGAUCUCACAAUUUCGAGGACGAACGUCCUUCCCCUUCUCCCGUCCACAGCGUGGAAUAUCUAGACGAGCUUCCACCACUUUCACCUCCUUGUGACAUAGACCCUAAUUCUAAUUUCACAUCAAAGUCCCCAGAGCCAACUACUUCGUCUUCUAUUACUAAUAUCAAUCAAAGUAAUAAUUUGGCAGUUAAUUCUAAUGUGAUUGUAAAGGAUCCAGCUUUAUGGGUAAUAAACGAUGCUACACGUAAAUACGUUUUGCAGCAUGGAAUUAACCAAGAUCAUGUUCAUGAUAAAAAUUUUGAUUUUUCCCGCUCAAAGAGACUUUGUGAAAGUUCUGGUUCAGUGUUUGGUGUUCCUUGUCAAUUAUUUGGUGGAACUACAAAAAUAGCAAAAGAAGGAUUUGACGACUGGAAGCAUGGCAAUGAUGCAUUGAAAAAUCACGAGAAUUCUUUUGAACACAAGUCGUGUGUUUUAGAAAUGAAAAUGAGAUCAAACACUCUUGGAAAAAUUGAUACACAUUUUUCUUGUCAAAUAGACACAGAGAAAAAGUACUGGCGCAACGUUUUAAAACGGGUUAUAGCCACUGUCCGUGCUUUGGUAACUGCAGGUUUACCUUUAAGAGGUCAUAUCGAGAAGUUUGGUUCGUCAAGCAGUGGUAACUUUAUAAUGUGUCUUGAACUUAUUUCUGAAUUCGAUCCUUUUUUGGCAGAGCAUAUAGCUAAGUACGUAGAUUCAAGUCCAGACAUAUCUCAUACUGAUCAACUUGCAGUGAUUGUGAGAUAUGUUUUGGAAAAUGGACAUCCUGUAGAGAGGUUUCUGUGUUUUGUUCCGAAUGCUGGUCAUAAAUCAAUCGAACUUUUUGAUGCUGUUGUCACUGUGCUUGUGGGUUUUGAUAUCGAUAUUGCAAAUUGUAGAGGUCAAUCAUAUGAUAAUGUCAUGAAUAUGUCUGGAAAAUAUGCCGGAUUACAAGCUAGAAUUAAUGAAAUUUCUCCAAAUGCUGUAUACUCUCUUUGCUCAGCUCAUUCCCUGAAUUUAGUUGGAGAACAUGCAGCAAGUUGUUGUAAAGAAAGGUUGCAGAAGCACUAUACUUAUUACGCCGCUUCGUUGAGGAGAGCGUUAACCAGGAUGGAGGCGUCUGCGCUUCUGGCACAAACCUUGAUGCCCGAUAAUCUGUGA